ACUGUGAGUGUUUCAUGAAAGGAGGAUAAAAAGAGAGAGAGAGAGAGAGGAGACCCUGGGGUGGGCUGCUGCAAGCGGCGGGCAACACCGAGCCAUGGAGGGCGAUGUGCGUGUUCGUGCAGUGGUGAUGACACGUGAUGACUCCAGUGGCGGUUGGGUGCCCCUUGGAGGUGGCGGCCUCAGUCAUGUGGUCAUAUGUAAAGCGCGGAGUCAUGAAGGCAGGGGGCGGAGAGAAUACAUCAUUCGUGGAGAACGGCUGCGAGACCGAGCACCAGUGUUGGAGUGUGCAGUGCAAAGGGGGUUAGUGUACAACAAGGUGAACCCCAUCUUCCAUCACUGGAGAGUAGAGGAUCGAAAGUUUGGCCUUACAUUCCAGAGUCCUGCCGAUGCCAUCUCCUUUGAGAAAGGGCUACAAACUGUCAUAGACAAGCUGGACAGAGGUUCUGACUCGCCCUCAUCCUCCACGCCUGAUGAGGCCGACACUGAAGAUGACGGGCAAGCAUCCCAUACAGGAAGUGAGUCUUCAUCCAACAGUAGAAAAGAGAUGCUUCCUAAACCCAUCACCAUCGUUACAAGUGAGUCUUCAUCUACCUGCUUCGUGCGAUCAGAGGAGUUUAGUUUUGGAUCCAGCCAUGCUGUCACCACUCAGACACCCGCACAGAUCCACACCAGGCCGGGACAGCACCAGCUUUCACAAAUGACGGCUGUGUUAAAUCCCCCAGCACCUCCGCCCCCACCUCCGGCUCCACCUACUCCUCCUGUAGGUCCCCCUGCCUCAUCUCCUCUGUCUCCCCUUUCGCCGACCAUUUCUCUGCUGGAGGAGGGAGACCUGCGCAGUGUGGACCCUUGCAAAGACCUAUGGGGUUCUCGUGGCUAUGAGGACUAUCGACGGGCGGGGUCUACCAGAACUAUGGUUGGUGGGCUGACUGGGGGUGUCGUUGUCGGUGGUGGGGGAAGUCAUCAGGACAAGUCAGAGCUGUCCGUGGUUCGCUUUGAGAAGGACCUAGCAGGAGUGGGGACGGCAGGCUGUGAGGUGACAGUGAACCUGGACAGUAAAGCGUCCCAGCGUCUCUCUUCAUCAUCGCCCACCUGCAUGUCCAUGCCAAAUGCCGUGUCAGGUGUGUCCUCAGGGGCUGGCUCACCCCAGGAGACGGGCAAGGGCUCACCCUCUCCCUGCUGCAUCCACACCUCACUGGCCACGCCCCGGUCGCGGACUCGUAAGAGAGGAGGAGGGGCCAGCAGCAGUUGCGACACGGGGGUGAUAUCUCCUGAUGACGACAGCCCGUGUCCUCAGGCUUCGUCGUGCUCCUCUCGCUGUGUGUACUGCCGCUCUGUUUUCAGUGCUUCAGAGAAUGGGCGGGGUCGCUGCAGGGAUGCCCCAGACCCGGCCCUGCAUUGCCUGCGCCAGUUGACCUGUGUGUGGUGUGCAGAGAGUCUGCUCUACCACUGCAUGUCGGACUCGGAGGGAGAGUUUUGGGAGCCUUGCUCGUGUGAUGACUCGAUGGGGGGCCACCCACAUCCCCUUUGCUGUGCCCGUUGGUUGGCCCUCCUGGCUCUGUCGCUCUUUGUGCCCUGCAUGUGCUGCUACCUGCCUUUGCGCGCCUGCCUGCGGUGUGGGGAAAGGUGUGGCUGCUGUGGGGGAAAGCACAAGGCAGUCCGAUGAGGCCAGGCUCGGGGUGGGAGGGGUUCCCUGGACCAAAGAGGUUUGGGUGUUAAGGGGUGAGAGCACGCGCACGGUGCAGCCAUCAGAGCCAGGGUGUGACAGUGCUCUCAGCUGACCCAGACCUCUAAUGUGGCCCUCCAAAGCCCCACUGCAUUCCGCUUUUUCUCUUUUCAACCUGGGGCCUUCAUCACUGGUCCGUCCCUGCUGAAGGUGCACUGCGAUCAGUCAAGGCUCUGCUGGAGUCAUCCGGAGCCUUCGCCGUGGAUUAACUGAGGACCGACUGAUUAAGAGUCAAAGACUUUAUCACAGGAAGAGAGUGGCAGAGGCAAAGAUGAUGUGUACACUGUUCCAAAUGUCUGUUUGUUUUUUUUAUUUAGAAAAGAAAAACACAAAAACAAAAGAUGUUUAUAUAUAUGAUUGUUAUAAUUUUAAUUGGUAUAUUUUACUAAAUGUAAAACAUAUUGACCGAAUCCCCCAAUGGCACACACUAUCACGUUCACAAACAUGAGAUCUUGGGGAAGUUAUUUGCUCCAUGUUAGCCUGUUUAUCAGUCAGAUGAACAGAUGUCACCCUUUACCUCUAAUUUUACCUCAGAUGUUAUUCAAACCCUGAUUAAGGAACAAAAAGGAAUGGGGACAGGGGUUGCAGUCAUAAAGAAAAAAGGGAGAGCAUCUUUGGCCACGAGGCCUGUCUUCUGGUUGAAGCCCACAGUGAAAGAAAGAGGCUAUAAAAUGCAAAGGAACAAUUAUUUUUAGGGAAGUUGCAAUGACAACCACAAAGACUUAAAAGUCAUAACGUGACUCAUUAUGGUCCUUUGUAACCAAACACAGGGUUAUUUUUGUUCUCUUGAAAAAAUCAAGAAUGUGUGUCAAAAAUUAACACCCUUACUUUACACUUUAUUUCCAUCUUUCCAUUUGUUUUCAAUCAGUCAUACAAAACAUUUUAUCCUACCACUGUACUUGUUCAACCUGCCAUGGUGCUUAUAACUGAGGCCUCUGAGCGAGUCUAUUCUACCUAACGUACACAAUAACAGUACAAUUUCAACCCCAAAGAAAUACAAAACAGAACCCCAUGCUAACUAAUCCUGAUGUGUCAUGGCCUUUAAAAUAAGACGCCACCAAAAAAAAAGAUUAAGUGCAAUGAACAAUGUAUUGAAAGAUUAUUUUUGUACCGUUUGCUUAUGAAGGAAAAACUAAACACAAAUUGGAAGAUUACUCUUGUGUUUAAAUAAAGCAGAGGUUUGGAAAACUGA